CACACACACCAUAUACAGUCACACACAAAUCGUUGUACCCUUCUCCGCACGCCCCCAUCCCAUCCGCCCCAUACUGUCCCCUCCCUCAGCAAGUAGACGUCCAGGGCGUAGCCACCUAGUCGGGCCAAGGGUGCAGCGCCCACUGCCUAGGGAACCCACGCGUAGCGGAGCAAUCAGCGCGACUACAGUCCCAGCGCCCGGGACCUCAAGCAACCUGCUCCCGCCCCGCCCGGCCGCUACGAGCAGAGCCGCCACCCCUUCCAAACUCCAGGACCCCGCCACCCUUAUGAGAGAAGGCGACGCCAAGCAAAGGAGCAGGACGCCCGGCAGCCCGACUCUUCCGCAAGCGCGCGCAGCGCCCACUCCGUGUUGCCGCGGCGAUCAGCCGGGAAGCCCGAUGCCAGCUCCGCGCAUCGGCUGAGAGGGGACAGGGCCGGCUUCGCCAGCUCGCCCAGAAUCCGGUCUCUGCCGCGGCUGCGUGUCCCUGCUGGGGCCCCGCCGGCCCGGGAGUGAGCCGCUGCGACCGGCCGGGGGUUGGCCCGGACAGGGGAAGGAGGGACGGAGUGGGAGGAGGGCACAGGGGGCGGGGAGGGGACCCUGGAGGAGAGAGAUGGCAAUGUCUCUCAUCCAAGCAUGCCGCAGUCUGGCUCUCUCAACAUGGCUGCUUUCCUUUUGUUUCGUGCAUCUGCUCUGCCUGGACUUCACGGUGGCGGAGAAGGAGGAAUGGUACACCGCCUUCGUGAACAUCACCUAUGCCGAGCCCGAGCCGGGGGCCGCAGUGGCGGGCAGCGGUGGCGGUGCCGAGCUGCACACGGAGAAGACCGAGUGCGGACGGUACGGCGAGCACUCGCCCAAGCAGGAUGCGCGCGGCGAGGUGGUCAUGGCCAGCUCGGCCCACGAUCGCCUGGCUUGCGACCCCAACACCAAGUUCGCCGUUCCGGCACACGGCAAGCACUGGAUAGCUCUGAUCCCCAAGGGCAACUGCACCUACAAGGAUAAGAUCCGGAACGCGUUCCUACAGAAUGCAUCGGCCGUGGUCAUCUUCAACGUGGGCUCCAACACCAAUGAGACCAUCACCAUGUCCCACGCAGGUGUGGAAGACAUCGUGGCUAUAAUGAUUCCUGAGCCCAAAGGGAAGGAGAUAGUAAGCCUGCUGGAAAGGAACGUCACCGUGACCAUGUACAUCACCAUCGGGACCCGGAACUUGCAGAAAUACGUGAGCCGCACGUCAGUUGUGUUUGUGUCCAUCUCCUUCAUCGUCCUCAUGACCAUCUCCCUCGCAUGGCUGGUCUUUUACUACAUCCAGAGGUUUCGCUAUGCAAAUGCCAGGGACAGGAAUCAGCGUCGACUGGGAGAUGCAGCAAAGAAAGCCAUCAGCAAGCUUCAGGUUAGGACCAUCAGGAAAGGCGACAAGGAAACAGAGUCUGAUUUUGAUAACUGCGCAGUGUGCAUCGAAGGGUACAAGCCCAACGAUGUGGUCAGGAUCCUGCCCUGCCGGCAUCUUUUCCACAAGUCCUGUGUUGACCCCUGGCUUCUAGACCAUCGCACCUGUCCCAUGUGCAAGAUGAACAUUCUUAAAGCCCUAGGGAUCCCGCCCAGUGCCGACUGCAUGGACGACCUGCCGAUUGAUUUCGAGGGCUCCCUGGGAGGCCCACCCACCAAUCAGAUCACGGGCGCCAGUGACACGACAGUGAACGAGAGUUCAGUCACUUUGGAUCCUGCAGUGAGGACAGUGGGAGCCCUGCAGGUGGUUCAGGACCCCGACCCUGCACCCCAGGAGGGAGAAGCCAUCUUUACAACAAACGGUGAUCAAGAGCCAGCAGUGAGUAGCGACUCCGACAUCUCAUUGAUCAUGGCCCUGGAAGUGGGACUGUCUGACGUAGAACUUUCCACUGACCAAGACUACGAAGAGGUGAAAUCUUGAAAUUGUAGAAACAGACAAGAGAAAACACAGGGCCCAGGGGCCCAGGAAGGAAGCAUGCCCAGAGACUUGAACUGGAUACCCAACCUUCAGUUCGCCAUGGUAACCCCAAGGCACUCUGUUCAUGGGUGGUAACGAAAGCAAUAUCCAAAGUCUGCAGGAUCAGGAUGCCGGUUCCCAUCUCUGCAACACUCUGUGGCCUUGGUGUGGAAGUUGGAAGCUGGAUUCCUCUACAUCCGUACAGACACGCAGCCGAAGGGCCUGCCGCUGACUGGAAGGAGAUCCUUACCGCUUCUUUUAGCUUCUCCCAUCUUCCUGUUCUUAUUUGGAGAAGAUGGCUUCAUUCCCCUGACAAUUUCUUUUGAAAGACUAUGUGUAGUUUACAUCUAUUCCUUUCUUUUCCCUGAGAUGCACUCCAGUCCAUGUCCAGAGGUCCUGGCUGCUGCUCCAAUGAUCAGUUUGUACCGCAUCUCUGAGAUUUAUAGACAUGGGCUCUCAGUAUGAAGUGUGUAUGGCCUUGAGAAUUGCCUCAGCACUCGGAAAUGGUGGAAGGCCAGAGUCUAUCAAGUGUCUAGCUCCCUCCUCUAAGUGGGUCUUGAUGAGCCCUGAGGCCAGAGGCAGCCAGCGCUAAGUUCUGGACCUGCUGAAUCCAUUACUCAUUGUUUUCACCUGCAUCAUGCUGGGCUCCACCUGCCAUGCUCUGUCCAGGGUCACCGUGGCAGCAAGAACUAUCAGGGACAAGGCUGGCUCAUCUGACUUCAGGGUCUUAGUCUAAAACUCAGAAGUUCCCUGCAGGGCCAGAAUAUAAAUGCUCAGAGAGUGUGUGUGUGUGAAACUCUAAGCCUAGUUUAAAAACCUGAUACCCCCAUCUUCGCAGGGCAAGGGAGAUGGCUGUUGCCCUGGUUACCCGCAAGGCCUCAGCAGUUUAUCAACUUUGUAAGUGAGUUCUGUGUGUCCAGGCUGAAGAAAAGAUGCAAUCGGGGUUUUUUUUUUUUAGGUCACUGGUAACCAGGUGUAAGCUUACUUCCCGUUCUGUUCUGUUAAUCCUCACCAGCCUACAUGGAAGGCGCUAAAUAAAUCCUUAGCAGCUUGCAGGUCUUCCUGAGAGCACCCUCGUCCCAAGAGGAGGAUGAGGUGUGAUUUGAUAAGGUCUGAACCAAAAAGUACAUCAUGGGGAAUUGCUAGAUUGAGUUUCUCCUGAUUGUGAACAACAAAUAAUAUAAAAAGAAAAAAAAUAAUCAAUGACUAUCUAAAUCCACCUGUACUAUAAAGUGGUUUAUGGUUUUAUUCUUUUUGUUUGUUUGCUUGUUUGAAACGAUGACAAAAAUGUGCUGUUUUUCCAGUGGGCAGUUUUGUGGAUACGUGUAGCCUCUACAGAGGCAGAGAUUGUCCCGUGUCACUGGGCAACCAGGAAAAUCUCAUCAUCAUCUUAGCGGUUGGCAAGGUCACCCAGAGGCUGGGAUUAACCAGGAGAGCAAGCUCUUCCCACUGAGCUGUAUUUGUCUAUUUGAUUUGGGCUUUUCCACCUCAUUACACUAAUACUCGGGCAAACAGGGCUUGGCCGAGCUGUAAGUCCUUGCUGCCCACUGGAAUUUUGAGCUCAGGGCCAAGCUCUCCACUGCUCUUGUGCUGGCUGCCUUCCAUGUGCUCCUGUUUGCCGAUGUGUGAGUGCACAGCCAGGGGGAAGGACCUUCAGAAAAGCCUCUUCUGCCGAUGGUCCUGCAACUCCCACAGUCAAUUCCAGCCUCCAGCAGCGGCGAAGAUCCAUAGCAAGGACACAGGCCAGCGCUGAACCAGGGUCUGUGCAAUGAGGAGCUUAGCAGACGACUCCCAGGGUUCCCUCUUUCUUGGACCACUCUCUUGCGCUUCUCCAGUGGGAUCUACCGUGAGAACAGCUGCGGCACACAGCAAAUGCUGAUAGGAAGUCUAAAGAAAUUAGGGUAAUUCAGCAACAAAGGAAAUACAAGUUAUACUGCAAGCCCAGGGUAAAAAGGUCUGGUGAGCAUUUUCCUGUGUUUGAUGGGCAUCUUCCCGACAGUGGUCAGGUAAAUUGCUGAUGACAUUAAGCAAGCCCUUGAUGUGAUAUCCUAUAGGAUGCUGAGUGGGUGACGAAGGACCCAAAAGGUCUGUCCUCUUUACCACAGCCUUCCCCGCCUCCUUCCACAGAAAGACACUCUGACCUUGGGGCCCAGUGACACCCACAUGGCAGUGUAGCCCUAAAAUGCAAACUGAAAAGACAUUUGCAGGCAUGCAGCUUUCUGUAGCACGUGUCUGCCCCAACUCUGCCCCAUAGAAAUACAGCCCAAGUCACAAACAUUUUUUAAAAACUUUCCCAUUACCCACAUUUUAAGAAGCAAAAAGAAACAGGUGAGAAUAACUUAUUAAUAUUUUUCUUUUACCCAAUAUUAUUGUUUUGACUUACAAUUGAUAUGGAAAGUAUUAGGAAACUAUUUUCCUCUCUUUUUUUUAUUAUAUCUUCUAAAUCCAUGUGUCUUUUACACACACAACACAUUUCAAUUUUUACUAGCCACAGCUGAAGCUUUCAGUAACCACGUGUGCCUAGUGGCCGGGAGAUGCUCCAGAGUCCUCCCAAGUGUUCCUGGCUCUGACAGAAGAAAAGGGGGGAGAAGAUUACCUCAGUUUCAGAGAGAACCAGACUCCACCGAGCCACCUAAGCAGAGGCCAGGGGUGUACUUGUUUUCUAACUAAUAUUGGUUCAGACAGCUUCUGCUCACUUUCCGUGAACUCUCUAAACACUAGUGUCCACUAUCACCAACUGUUACUUCUCUAACAAGUUGUUAAAAAACAAACAAACAAAAAAAAAAAAAAAAAAAACAAGACAACCGGCCAUAUUGAUUUGGUGCUUCAACGAAAGUAUACCCUGGUUUCUAUGACAACCCUUGAGAGUCCAAUUACACCCUCGCUUCUAUGACAACCCUUGAGAGUCCCGUGUGACACUUAGCCAAAGAGAAUCUUCUUCCUUGCGGCCGUGAGGCUCUUGAGAACUGGAACUCAGACUCUUGAGGAGCAGCUCAGAGAACUGCAUACGGGCCUCACAUAUACACUCAUGACCUUGUCAAGAGGGGUCUGGGAGCUGUGACCAUCCAGCUUGGAGAACAGUGAGCAUCUCUCCGUUCAGCGUCUACCGGAGACGGUACAGGCUGUGGGAGGCAACGAGCCUUGAAUUCCUUCCGAGUUGUUUUCAGAAUGGCUUUCUUCACCCUGGAAGAGUCGAUGCCUCAGAAAGGCAGCAUUUGAACAUUAACCUGAACACUGAUCAGCCCCUAGGGCUUGGCCGAGCCUUCAGGGUCAAUUCUGGCCUCCCAGCCAAGUGGGAGACUCAGAAUAGAGAAAGUAGAUGGCAGCUGUACCAGAGGCCCCUCGAUAUUCAAUACUCCACGUAACAUCCCGGCCGUGGAAAUGGGGCUCUGUCCAGAAAAGCUUUUGUGACUUUUGCUUUUGAAUUUUUCUCAUCUGUGGGUGUUCGUGAUGUGGUCCUAUUAAGAAUGGCUGUGACCAGUAACCAAGUCCGUUACAAUCCCGACAGCCCCGGGGCUGCCACUCUUUCAGAGCCAGAAAGGAUGCCAGAGUCUGCCUGGGAUUCGUUGUCGGCUUAGUUGGUGCUGAAAUAAACUUCAGAGUAAGAAUUUAAUGGCAUUAAGUUGUCCACUGAAUGUAUAGGCUUGGCCGAACAAGAAAAUUACCAAAUAAAAACUUUCCAAAAGCUUAGGGCAUGAGUGUCACACCCGGUACAAGGAGAGGGCCCAGCCUUCUGUGGUGCUGAGGCCGCUGAGGCAGUGGCCUGUAGCAAUCUUGCCUUCUCUUCUUUGGGCUUCUUCUGUGCUUUUCUGUGUUUUGAUGGCCUGCCUCUUUGUACAUUCACGUGCACACACACACUUUCUCUAUCAUACCUCUCGUUUCCUUCCCCCCCCCCAUUCUACCCUUUCAUCACAUUUCCUCCCUACAAGGAAUAUUCCAGUAACAGCCACCUGCUGCUGCUCCCUUUCCAGACUUUUUCCUGGAAGUUCCUUGAGUAAAUACUAAGAAGCCUACAAUUCCAGAAUGCUGGGAUCUGCUAUCUUUGUUUGA